AUUCAAUGAAUGAAUGAAUGAAUGAACAUGAGUCAGUCAAUCGCACAUUACAAUAAACUCUCUCUCUCUUCAAGGGCCAGUAGAAAUUCCCUUGGAGUGCUGGCUGCUUGCUUGCCUUCCCUUGGCUUGCUGCUGGAUUCAGUUCCUGCACCACGCGAAAGCGAGCAUUCGAAUGAUCGAUGGGGCUAAUUGAUCAUCAUCAUCAUCACCAUCAUCCACCACCACCAGGGAGCCAGAGGAGGGAGGGAGGGAGGUAGGGAGGGAGAGAGGCAGGGAGGGAGGACUCGCAGCAGCGAGCUCGUAAUUCUCUCUGAUGCACAAGCACCCUGAACUUAAUUCCAAAAGGUGGAUAGAUUUGGUGCAGCACUAAAGGCGGCUACGUUUGUGCAGAAUAUGUGCGUGUUUAUAAUAUUAGAGAGAUACGGCCAUUUCCUGCACUGUGAAUGUCAGUGAGUCGGGCGGGCAGUCGGUUUGUUGUUUGGAAGGCAGAAAUGUUCGAGCCCCGGGUUACAUGUUCUCUCUGGAACGCGAGCAGCAAAUCAGUCCAAAACAGGCCAGCUCGUCCGACAUCAUGCUGCCCAAGCGACCAUCCGCAUACUAUUCCCAUUUGACCUCCAUAAUGGCGGCGAGCAGCGACAAUGAUUGACGCGCAAGGCUCUGCAGAGUUUGCUAAAUCCUCCCUCCCGGUCCCAUGACUGCUGCCCCCCUCCCCCCUCCCCCCUCCCCCCUCCCCCCUCUGCCCCUCAAUCUCAAUCUCAAUCUCAAUCUGAUCACUCCGUCCGAUCAAACAAACACGACAGCAGCAGCAGCAGCAGCAGCAGCAGCAGCAGCAGCAUCGGCAUCAUCAGCUCCUUCGUCAUCCUGCGAGGAGCUGCACCUGCCGUGAGCAUAUCUUCAGAUCCCAAAAUAGGCUGCAAUUCAUGCGCAGUCAAAGCGCCAGAUCGAGUCGCUCGCUCCGACUUUAUCCUCGGAGGCGUCCUGGAGCAGUAUGAGGAGGAGCACGAGCACGAGCACGAGCACGAGCUUGAGCUGAGGUGCCGCCAGUCUGCGCCCAGCAAGUCAGUCGAUUCAGCAGCAGCCACCCCAACGACGAAUCGAAUUAAGGUCAUCGGCAAGUCCUUUCGUGUCAAUGGAGGUGAGCCCGUGAGAAGAAGGGCAAGUCGGCAAACGAGCAUCUGUCAGAGCUGGUGAAGCAAGCGUAGGCAGGCAGGCUCGGAUUGGCGCUAUGGUGGAUGUAGAGGACGAGGGGUUGCCUGCGUCCGACACCCCCCAAGACGAGGACGACGAGGAGUUGAACUAUGAGGAGCUCGAGGAAGCAGACCGCCAGCGAUCCAUUCAGGAACGAAUCGAGUGGAAGAGAAAAGAGCGGGAGAAGCAGAUCAUGAAGUCGCCGCGGGAAGCGCUGAAGAAAGCGAUCCGCGCGAAGCACAAGUGGGAGGAGAAGGUGGGCGACGAGAGCGUGGCCAAGCGCUACAAGGCCGAGGCGGAGCAGCAGGGAGUGCCCGGCGACGUCGUGGACCUCGUUCUGCAGCAGCUGCGCGAAGAAGCGCGCUACAUUCUCGUGGGCAAGUCGGACGGCGCUUCGUCGUCCUCGUCCGCAGCGAAGCCCCCUGCAGCAGCGCCAACCCCAGCCCCAGCCGCAGCCGCAGCCCCGACUUCCGAGGUCGUGGAUCUGGAGAAGCUCCGCGAAGAGGUAGCCGCCGUGCAAGCCCUGCUGGAGGAGGGGGGCGAGAGCGCGGGGCUGAAGCAGCCGCUGGACGAGAGGGGGACGGGGGUGUGGGCGGUGGACGGGGUGGUUCCCCGGGGGCUGCGGGAGCUGCUGGAGAGCCGGCUGGACGCCAUCGCGGGCCGGGCCAAGAAGGAUUUUCACCCGGGCACGAACGACCAGGUGCAGGACCUGAUCCACCCGUCGCUCUUCCCGUACAUCGAGGGGGUAAGCCAGGUGGCGUGCCCGGAGGCCGACCUGCCGGCGAAGGUCGAGGCCAGCUACUGGUCGCGCCAGUACGAGGACUCGACGUACCAGUGGCUGCCGGCGGAGUUCCACGUGGACGCCGACGGCCGCGUCACCAUCGAGAGCUACAUCAACAACCUUGACGAGUCGGUUCACGGCGACCUGUACCGGGCGCUGGAGCUGCUGUUCGAGAUUUUCGUGCCGCUCUUCGAGAAGGUGCAGGUGGACGCCGAGGAGCUCGACCUGCGCGACCGGCGCCUGCAGGUCAUCGUCAAGGCGGCCAACUACGUGGUGCAGCCCUUCGGCCACGUGUACGAGGGCUCCUGGCACGUGGAGGGCAUGUCGCACGAGCACAUCGUCGCCACGGGCAUCUACUACUACUCCACGUCGGCGUGCCUCCGCGACGCGGGCUUAGAGUUCCGCCGCGAGCGCAACGAGGAGGAGGAUUACCCCCAAGUCGACCAGUUCGACUGGAGCAUGCAGGAUCGCGACGACUUCCCCAUCCUCGACGGGCUUACCAUGACUAUCCCCCUGGGGGCUGUGCCCACAGUCCCCGAGCGCCUGCUCGUCUUCCCCAAUGGGCUUCAGCACAAAGUGUCGGGGCUUAAGAACGAGUCCCCCGACGAGGUCGGCGUUCGCAAGAUUGUGGUCUUCUUCCUCGUGGACCCGGACUGCGAGAUCAUCUCGACGAAGCACGUCCGGCCGCAGCAGUGGGAGCCGCUGGUGCCGGGCCUCGUGAACACCAUGAGCCUCGUGGUGAAGCGAGUCAGUGGCCGCAGCUUCCCGCUUCCCAUCAUUCAGGAGAUCGUGUCCCGAGCCAAAAUUGGGCUUACCGAGGAGGAAGCACGACGGCAUCGACUGGAGCUCAUGCGCGAGAGGAAGUACAAGAUCGACCACGACAACGAGGAGUGGGAGCGAGAGUACUCGUUGUGCGAGCACUAGUCGAUUAGAACUCCCAAUCUCUGCCCCUGGUCGAUGGACACUUGCCUUUCUCCCUCGCUCCAAACAUGAGAAUCGGAAAUCGAGCAGGCAAUUCCGUGUUGUACUUUAGGGUGAUGCAGCCGCGCGAGGGCGGGCUCGCUGUGUGGAUGGCGCAGGUGCUCGGAUUGAAAGAAAGAAAGAAAGGCACAUGGAGGUGAAUUUCUCAGAGAUCAUGAAAGCAUGAUCUCUGAGAAAAUUACAUCUCAGACAGCUAGCGUAACAAGCGAUCGAAAUUCAACCCCCGUACUCCGGCUUCGUGUACCGCGGCCGAAGAGUCCCGAGUGAUUACUUCGAGAUCCAUAGAUCUGAGCCUCGCAAACUCCUGUCCACUCCAAACAUUUUUCCAUUCGAAAUAAUCUGUGUGGAUCUCUUCUCUC